GAUCGUCAUCCACCCUUAUUCUUUAUAUAAUCCUUGCCAGAUUUUAUCUGGGCUAUUCCCAACACUUGCCCUCACAGCACAAUUUCAGUGCUUCUUGUUGGGCAUACGAGGGCUGAGAACAAAGAAACGGAAUCUACAGAUGUAGCAAAUGUAGAAUGGAAACAUUAGAUAGUGAAGCUGGAUCAAAGGAAGAUUCCCAUGGUUAUUCAGAUGAGGAAAGAUAUGAUGAAACCGAUCAAGGAAUAGCUGGUCCAGUUGUAUCUAUUGAGAAGCAUCCACAACAUCCCGAGUCUUGUCGUAUGGACAGUGACAGUACAAAUGGUUUACCUGAUGAGCUGAAGUCUGGCCAGGUGGACAGCAGCAAAGCAGGGCUGGUAUCCAACGAAGACCCACCUGAGGCUGAGGAUGGGGAAAUCUUGGAGGAUGGAGAAAUUGAUGAUGAAGAAGAUGGCGAGGAAGAUGAGGAGCAGUCAAACUACAAUCACGAGGAGGAAAGGCAAACUGACAGCGUUCCACAUGGUCAUGGAGGUCAUGAGGGGGAUGCAGAUGAAGUUGAAAAAAACAGUAAACAGAAACUUGAAUCUGAAUCUGAAGAAGAGGAAGGAGAACCAGCCAAGGAAAAGAGGAAAAAAGAUCGCAAACGUAGAAAGCGUCAGAGGGAAAAGGACAAGAAGAAAAGAUUUAAGGAUGACUCGAGACGAAAGCGUAAACGCCAUGAAUACGUAGACUAUGACAAAGCUGAAGAGCAGUUAGAAUAUCAGCCAAAAAUUCGAAGACGCUCCCCACCUGGGCAGUUCGACAGCCCUUAUCAGAGUCCUGAAGAAAAAGGAAAGCACUCUCCACCAGGUCCAUACGAUAGUCCCUACAGGAGCCCCCCUGGUCCAUAUGAUAGCCCCCCUGACAGCCCUCCUGGGCCUUACGACAGCCCACCUGAAGACUCCGAUGACGAGGAUAGGUAUGGGGAGCAAAAUAACCAUAGAAAACGACCCAAAAAGAGUAUGUUGGGCAUGUUAGAAGAUGCUUACUUGGAUCCGAAUAUUGCUGUCUCUGAGAAACAGGACAUAUUCCAAAGCUCUGUGCGAGGUCGAAACCGUGGUAGAGGGAAACCCAUGAAAGGAAUGCCUCAACAACCCAGGAAAAAACCUUUAUUAGAAACACCCAGGGCUGCAAGGCCUCUUUGUAAAUUCUACAAGGAAGGGAAAUGUGCUAAGGGUUCACAGUGUCCAUUUAACCAUGAUUUUACUCCACCAAAGAAGUCAGAAAUCUGCAAAUUCUAUCUGAACAGCACUUGCAACAAAGGCCGAGAAUGUAUUUAUAUGCAUGGUGAAUACCCAUGCAAGUUUUUUCACACGGGUGCUCAGUGCUUUGGUGGAGACUCGUGCAAGUUCUCCCAUGAUCCCCUCACGGCCGAAACAUAUCCUCUUCUUACCAAGAUUUUGGAUAAUGAUGACGAUGAUUUUACAGAGUUCCAACCCAAAGCCCCUCGACCAAGCCUGUUAGGCUCCCCUCCCAGACAUGUGAAAGAGGCAGCAGAAAGAAUGAAAGGAAACCUUGACCCCUCCAAAAAGAUACCUUCUUUGUUGGAUAUUGAGGUUUUCCCCCCUAAGCAGAGUCCCCAGAAGCAGCAGAAUUCCCCAAGCAGUGAGGCUGUUUCACCACAACCAGGUUCCUUGCAUUGCCGACCAGGAUUCUACAGCGAAACAACAACCACCACUACCCAGCCUAACUACAACAGCUCAGCAGUGCUAGCCUUGGGAGCUUUGCUGAAACAGGCUGCCAGUCAGAGCCCCUCUGCCAGGUUCCCAUUCCAGUCUCCUCCUAACCCAGGAUACACAGGAGAGGGCCGGCUGACCGGAAGUCAGGAGACAGAGGAGUCAGAAGUGGACAACAGCCAGGAUACCCAAAAGCUGGAGGACGAAAGCAGCCAGGAGGAUGGAGGAGGAAUUAAGAUUGAGGAUGGAAUGAGUGAUGAGGAUAAGCGGCAGGCCAACAUUGAGGUGCCUAGUCACCUGCCUCCCAAACAGAGAGAGUUGUUCCUGAGAAUUCAGCAACAGCAGCGGGAGGAAACUAAACAGGACGAUAUGAAGAAGGAAGAUCCAGAGCCAGUAGAUGAUGAUGACUGGUAUUCUAGUGAUGAAGAGGAAAGUGGUCAACCUAAGGCAAAGUUAAUGGAUAUGCUCAAAAAUAUCAGUCCACCAAGUACACAGACUCCGAAGAGUAGUGCAUCUGUCACCCAGCCUGAAGAACAAGCUCAACCCAAACUGUCAGACUCUGGCUCAAGCUCUGGUAGCUUCAAUAUACUUCAGAUGCUAAAUGCCAUCAGGGGGCAAACUUCAGUGGUGCCAACGAUAGCCAAGGGUAAAUUUUGGCCAACACCCUCUGCCAACCAGUUGAUUGAAUCUCUGUUACCCCAGUCUGCGAAAGAUGCGCUUGUGAAGUCAGACCCGAGAGUAGCACCAGACAAAACUCCUCCUCAGCAAACUGCGUCAACUGACGUGCUGGAACAACUGCCCAGGGUACCUAAAGAUGGCAGUGACCUGCCAUACAAAGUUGUGUCUAUCAGUGUGGUCAAAGGUCUCUAUCUUCCCCCAAAUCUGGAUAUGAAUGAUCCACGUGUAAUCAAUGAUCCACGUAUUCAGCAUUACUCAAGCCGUGCUGGACCUCCUACAGCUCCAAAGCUUGAGAGGCAAAUAUCCAACAAAACGUCAUCUGAUACAGAAAAUACAGAGAACAAGCUACCAGACCCACGACGCACUCAUACAGCUACAUUGGAGAGCACUGUUCCCACAAAUCCUGUGGAUCCAAGGAAGCGGCCAGUGGUUAAAACUGAGAGUCCAUCUGACCCUAGACGGAAAGACAGUUCAGUUAACACACCUGAGGAUCUGGUCAAAACGGCUGAUCCUCGCUUACAGAGAGCGGUGACAGAACUAAUACAGUCUGCAGUUGUCAAGCAGGAUCCACGAAUACAAAAGUCCCAGUCUAAUCCUGCCAUGAUGUUGCAUAAUGUUCCUGUGCGACCCCCUGUUCGGCCUGGAUUCCCCAUGGGCUUUCCUGGUCCUCCUCCAGGUGUACGGCCUAUGGGACCAGGCCCACUAAGACCACCCGGAGGGCUACCAAUGGGGCCUAGGAGUGGAAGACCACCUCUGUUAAGAACUCCUAUCAUGCCAGAUAAUUCUUUUCGCCCCAGAGGCCCAAGGCCUUUUAUUGAUCCAAGGUUAAGUCGUCAGAAUUGUACUGAAAUCCACUAUGGGCCACCACCACCACAAGGAGGCCCUCGUUUAAGACCUCAAGGCAUGUCCCCAGUCAGAGAGCAUCCCCAGAACUUUGGCCCUACCCAGAGUGACCCCAGGACCCGACCAAUGGGCAUUUCCCCAUGCCGGGAUCAACAUGGCCCUGCGCCUAGUGAUCCCAGGUUAAGAUCACAAAACCCUGACCCUUCAAACCUUCCACAGAACCCAAGUGACCCUCGUCUGCGAUCCCAAGGUUCUUUACAGGAAGGGAAACCUCAGACAAUGAAAAUGUCUGAUCCCAGACUCGAACGUCAAGGUGGGUCUUUAGAUAGUGGUACUGUACAAAGAAGUUCUGACCCUAGGCUACACAGACAGACCAGUCAGCCAGCCAUGUCUCCUAAUAGAGGCAAGCUUGAUGAGGGGCAAACAGAUAACACGGACAAUCGGCCUCCAUCUAGACUUGACCCUAGAGCUCAAUCAAGAUCUGAAGUAGACACUGGUUCCAGUACAGAGCCCAAGUUAGGCUCAUCUAUCAUUAAGAAAAAGAAAUUCAUUGGACAGCGCAAAGGCAGCAUGGAAUAUAGUUCUCCGCUGGGCUUAGGUUCUGAUCAGCCAGAUCCAGCAGUGUCUGGCUUCUCCAGCUAUAGCAGGCCUACAGGCAAUAGACAACCCACAAACAAUAGGCAGAGGUCAGCAAAUGACCAGCCAAGUGGGACAACCCAAGGUAGUAACCUGGGAGGUCCACAAUCGAAUGAUCCCAGGGGCAAAAUGCCUACAUACAGCAAUUCACCAACUUAUAGCGGUUAUAGUUCCCCAUUACCACAUGAACAGUCGUGUGAUGGAGAACACAUGGAAAUACAACCCGUUUUACAACCUCCCCUCAAAGAUCUUUUUAAAACCAUAGACCCAACAGCUUCACCUUUCUGCUAAUUUUUGGUAAAUCUUGUUUGCUUCAAGCAGUAAUGAUUAUGUUGGUCGGCUAGACAUAAAUAUCUGUAGUUUGUCACAUGUCAAUGUUGAUGACGUUUUCUGUUGGCUUCCUUGUUUGGUCGGAAUUGUCAGCCAUUUGGCAACUCAACGAAAACAGUAUCAAUGCCUUUUACUCUUCUUAGUGUAAAUUUUCAAGGCAAAGUUGAGAUUUCAAGUGUACAUUAUUGCAUGUAUAGUCUCUAUAAACCUUUUAUGGCUAAAUUAAUAGAUGGUUCUACCCCAUUGACCGCCUUGGUCAUUAUUGUACAUUCGUGGCACAUUUCCUAAUAUCUUGUAGACCAUUUGCUAAAUAGACUGUGAUAGACUUUGACCCACCAUGUCUCAUACUGAGUAGGAUGCGGUUUACUCCAAAUGGUACACAUGUAUAAUGAGCUUGAAAAAUUUCUGAUUUGUGAUGUACAAAUUCAGGUGCAGAAAAAUUUAACUUUAAUUUAGGCAAAAAAGUGUUACAAGAAGCAUUCAUUUGAAGUUAAUGUAGCUCAGAUAAGAUAUCAAAGCUUUCAAGUCAGUGUUGAUAUACAUUUGAUGAAGUCUGACUUAUGUAAUAAUUCAUUUUAGCUUGCCUGGAGAAGUAUGCAUUUCAGAUUUUUACGCAAUGAAAUUUUCCUGUACACUGAAGGAUAAAGUUUAGCCUGGACUCUAGGGACCCCUGUUGCAAUUGAGAGAAGACUGGUAUGUGUUGCUGUUGUAUGAAAUGUGAUAAUGGGAAUAAAUUCCAUAUGCGA